AUGUUCGCCCAAAUAGUUGAGAUUAUUCAUUUACUUUCACUAUCUAUCUAUCUAUCUAUCUAUCUAUCUAUCUAUCUAUCUAUCUAUGUUAGUCUCUAUCCUUGUUCAUAUCUCUAUCAGAUUGUUCAUCUAUCUAUCUAUCUAUCUAUCUAUCUAUCUAUCUAUCAGUUUAUUCAUCUGUCGGUCUGUAUUCUCUUCAUCUAUCUAUCUAUCUAUCUAUCUAUCUAUCUGUAUGUUGUAUAUCUAUCUAUCCAUCUAUCUAUGUUAGUCUCUAUUCCUGUUCAUAUCUCUAUCAGUCUGCUUAUCUAUCUAUCUAUCUAUCUCAUAUUUCUCUGUAUGUUAUCUAUCUAUCUAUCUAUCUAUCUAUCUAUCUAUCUAUCUAAUAUUUCUCUGUAUGUUAUCUAUCUAUCUAUCUAUCUAAUAUUUCUCUGUAUGUUAUCUAUCUAUCUAUCUAUGUUAGUCUCUAUUCUUGUUCAUAUCUCUAUUAGUUUGCUUAUCUAUCUAUCUAUCUAUCUAUCUAUCUAUCUACCUCAUAUUUCUCUGUAUGUUAUCUAUCUAUCUAUCUAUCUAAUAUUUCUCUGUAUGUUAUCUAUCUAUCUAUCUAUCUAUCUAUCUAAUAUUUCUCUUCUGCUUAUCUAUCUAUCUAUCUAUCUCAUAUUCCUCUGCAUGUUAUCUAUCUAUCUAUCUAUCUAUCUAUCUAUCUAUCUAUCUAAUAUUUCUCUGUAUGUUGUAUAUCUAUCUAUCUAUCCAUCUAUCUAUUCUGCUUAUAUAUCUAUCUAUCUACCUCAUAUUUCUCUGUAUGUUAUCUAUCUAUCUAUCUAUCUAUCUAUCUAUCUAUGUAUCUGUGUUAGUCUCUAUUCUUGUUCAUAUCUCUAUCCGUCUGCUUAUCUAUCUAUCUAUCUAUCUAUCUAUGUUAGUCUCUAUUCUUGUUCAUAUCUCUAUUCUUCUGCUUAUCUAUCUAUCUAUCUAUCUAUCUAUCUACCUCAUAUUUCUCUGUAUGUUAUCUAUCUAUCUAUCUAUCUAUCUAUCUAUCUAUGUAAUAUUUCUCCGUAUGUUGUAUAUCUAUCUAUCUAUCUAAUAUUUCUCUGUAUGUUAUCUAUCUAUCUAUCUAUCUAUCUAUCUAUCUAUCUAUCUUAG